CAAAUGUAAGUACUUCGUUCAAUAGCUUCUCAUUUGCCUCCGAAUCACCUAGAUUGAAUAACAUAUCAUGCUCAUCUGGUACUUUAGGCGAAAAAAAGUUGGCGAGAGUAAUUUGCCCUGAUAAAUGGAAAGAAGGUUCGCGAAAUACAACAGUUGGGACAGACAGACAAUUACACGAGAACAAGCUACUCAGUAAACCUGGAAAAAGCCGAUUUAAACCGUACGAAAACAAAUGCAAGAUUUGUAAAGCGCGAGUUCAUCAGGAGCAUGCACAUUAUUGUCAAGGAUGCGCCUACAAAAAAGGAAUUUGUGCCAUGUGCGGUAAACAAAUUCUGGACACAACAAUGUACAGGCAGAGUGCAAAGUAA